UGUGAGCAGCAGCAGUAGCAGCAGCAGCCCUAGCCCUAGCCCUGGAGGAGUAGUAGUAGGAGGCAAUGCUAAUGCCCAAACAGAGAGCAGCAGCAGCAGCAAGAUGGGACUGAGUGCCCCAGAGAUCACAAAAGCAGGAGCAGGAGGAGUGCAAGGGGGCGUUAUUAAUCAUAACACCAGGUCCCAGACUUCAGCUCUGGAUGGAGCCACCACAACGAGCACCAGCACCACCACUGCAGCAGCAGGAGGAUCUGAAGUCACUGCUGCUCCAGGGACCCUCAGUCAGGGCAAAUCGGUGGUUAUCAGCACCAUGGCAACUGCCUUGUCCACCAGGAAUGGCAAGAUUGGGACCACAACAGUGCAAACUCUGAAUGGGAGUAACGUGGUGAUGAACUCUCACCACACAGGAAGUGCUGCUUUCUCUGGGACUCCUGUGACUGCUAACCCCGCUUCUGCACCUGCUGUUGCCCCUCUCGUUAACAAUGGACCUGGAUCUGUGGGGAAAGGAAAUACUGUUAAUGCUGUUUUGCCAUCAGCUUCCAACACUGUCAUCCAGACUUCUUUCCUUAAUACUGCUGUGUCCUCUGCAUCUUCCUCCUCGCCCACAGUUAUCUCCUCGCAGCCACCACCAAGCAUUGGAACUGGGGCGCCUACGGUAACGCUCGUGAGGCCACCGAUUCACACAGCAGGACCCACAGUAGCUGCAGCUGGUGCAGCCACUCAAAAUGGGAGCAAUACUGUGAUCAAUUCAACCAUCAGUGUGGGGAGUUUUCCUGCUGUUGCUACAGCCACUGUGGGAUCUGGAGUUUCCCUCCAGACAUCGCUUGUGAACAGCCAGUCUGGUUCCACUGUGUCAGCAGCUCCCGCCACACAGGUCAUCAAAUCUGAGUCUCCUAAAACUAUAGUCCAGGCAGUAUCCCAACAGCAGACACUGGCUACUGGUGGCCAGCCCAGUACUACAGGGGGUAACAUGAUUAUUGGGCAAACUAUGCAAGCUGGGCUCUCCAAUGUUGCUCCCAAUCCUGGUGGGAUACCUCCUGCAGCUCCUGGCACCCCCACAGGAAUGGCUAAAGGCACUGCCAAUACAGUGGCACAAAGUCUGCCAAGGACUCCAACAGCAACUACGAGUGGAAUCAGAGCAACUUUGACUCCUACAGUUUUAGCACCUCGUUUGCCUCAGCCACCUCAGAAUCCAACUAACAUUCAGAAUUUUCAAUUACCACCAG